AUGCCCUUGUACCAGAAGUACUCCCAGGUCCCUCAUCAAGGGCAGAGCCGUGGACCAGGUCACAUCGACUCCCCAUCAUGGAGGAGGACAGCCCUAAUGGGACGGGCAGCACUUCAUCGGGAGCAAGAAGGACGAAGCCUGUAUGGAGCACUGGAGGCAAAACGACUGUGCUGGGUAUUCCAGAAAGCAGGUUAUGUGACAUACCCGGGGUUUCCAAAUGUAAUUGGGUGCAUUGACGGCACCCACAUUCCUAUUAAAGCUCCUUCAAUGAAUGAGGGAGACUAUGUUAAUAGGAAAUCUAUUCAUAGUAUCAAUGUGCAGGUAAUAUGUGAGGCAACCCACAUUAUUACUAAUGUUGAGGCAAAAUGGCCAGGAUCUGUGCACGAUGCCAGAAUUUUCCGCGAGUUAUCAUUAUGCCAGACAUUUCAGCAGGGACAGUACAAUGGUUACUUGCUGGGGGACAGAGGAUACCCUUGUCUGCCCUGCUUAAUGACACCCUACCCUGAAGCUGAUCCUGGACCACAGACACGCUUCAACCUGGCUCACAGCCGAACACGGGCCAAGGUGGAGAUGACCAUAGGAAUCCUCAAGUCUAGGUUUCAGUGUCUGCGUGGGCUCCGGGUCAGUCCAGAGAGGGCAUGCGACAUCAUAGUGGCUUGUGUUGUGCUUCACAACAUUGCCACUAUAAGAGGAGAGAGCCACCCUCCUUGUAUUGAAGAAGAUGGCCCAGAGGAACCCCUACAGAUUUUUCCAUACAACAGAGAUGGAAGACUUUUGAGAGACAGGAUUUCUCAGAAUUACUUUUAUUAA